CUAUGCUUCAAAUCAAGUCAUUUUUAUUUUUUGUCCCUUUUUUUAAAUAAAAAAGUAGUUUAAAAUUUACAGUUUAAAAAAAAAAAAAAACAGUUUAGAUACAAAAGUAGGAGUUUGUUUUAUAAAGAAGGUUAGAAGGAUGUACAUAACUGUUUUCUUUGCUAGUUUGUAAAUAUGGAUUUUUUCCAAGUUAUUUUGGAGCAAAAAGUCUUCUUUCUGCCCUUUACUGUAAGUUGUGUCACUCUUGAAGAUCAAAACAGCAAAGAUUUUCUUUAUUUGAAUAAAAAUCAUUAACAUAUGUUUCUCUUAAGGAUUUCUUUCGAAUAUAAUACUUUUCCAUAAAACAUAAUAAUUGGAAAACCAUUAUAAAAACUUACCAAAACAUCAAAAGCAAAACCAACUUCCUCUGAUUUGUCGUGUUCCUAAUUGUCACCUAACUUAAAUCGGUCAUAACUGCAAAUCAAUGGCACAAAACAAAAUCAUAAUAGAGUAAACAAAUUUUGAACACAAUUGUCCAGAAGGAAACAAGCAAAAUACUCACAAAAAAACAAGCAGAAUACUCAUAAUUAAAACACCAUUUUCCAACCAAGUUUACCAACCGCAAUGAGAUGUUGAGAAUAGAAGUGGUAAGGGCAUUUUUGGUGGUGGUUAUGGUGAUUUGGUUUUGGUGGAAGUAGCCACUACGAUGGCUAUUUGGGCUAAAAAUUCAUUAAUCAGAAGGUGAUGAAGAGCCACACAUUCUCUAUAGUCUAUUCUUGGAGACUAUUUGAAGAAUCCCGGUGCAAAUCAUGGCCAAGAAUUUCAUGCCUGGAAUCCAAAACUUUAACAGCUUGCACAUUUCCUCAGGAUCUGCUCUUAUGUGAUACAAGUUUUGAGUCUCCAUCUGUAAAACUUGAAAGUAGAAGGCAUCCAUGUCAUGCUCUCCCCCUUCCUCCAGGUUCUCCACCUUCAGAAAAACUUCAGUCAAAGUGGAGAAAAGGAAGGCUUCUAGGAAGAGGGACAUUUGGUCAUGUUUAUGAAGGAUUCAAUAGUGAAAAUGGACAAAUGUGUGCAAUAAAGGAAGUAAGGGUCAUUUCUGAUGAUCAGGCCUCAAAAGAAUGUCUCAAGCAACUGAACCAGGAGAUAGCAUUGCUUAGUCAGCUGUCACAUCCAAACAUUGUCCAAUUUUAUGGAAGCAAACUGGAUAGAGAAAAACUUUCAGUUUAUUUGGAGUACGUUUCUGGGGCAUCAAUUGAUAAAUUACUGCUGGAAUAUGGUCCAUUUGAGGAACCUGUUAUCCAAAGUUACACCAGGCAAAUUCUUUCUGGUCUAGCUUAUUUACAUGGAAGAAAUACAGUGCACAGAGACAUCAAAGGCGCAAACAUAUUAAUAGAUCGUAAUGGUGAAGCUAGACUCAUCGACUUUGGCAUGGCUAAACAUACAACAUCCUGCUCUUCAAUGGUUUCUUUUAGAGGCAGCCCUUAUUGGAUGGCGCCUGAGGUGAUAAUGAAUCUGGGUGGUUAUGGUCCUGCGGUUGAUAUCUGGAGCCUAGGUUGUACUGUUCUUGAAAUGGCUACUUCAAAGCCACCUUGGAGCCAGUAUGAAGGGGUAGCUGCAAUAUUUAAAAUCGCAAACAGCGAAAGUUUUCCUGAAAUCCCUUGUCACCUUUCAGAGAAUGCACAUAGUUUCCUUAAACUUUGCUUGCAGAGGGACCCCUUGGCACGUCCUAAGGCUGCACAACUACUACAUCACCCCUUUUUCCAAGAUCAAGCGACAAGAAAGUUAUGAAAGUUGAUAAUUUCUAAAGUCAUGAGUGAACUUGCCAGAUGAGGUGCAAAAGUUUGGUUUUGUAUAGAAUUUAUGUACAAAUAACUGUCCAGAAGCAACUCUGUUCUAUGUGCUAUGCAAAUGAUGGAAGUUGGCUUUUCUGACUUAUGAGGGUUUGGCACUUGCAGAAAUUCUCUAUUUCUGCAAUUUUCUUCAUGGCUAAAUGUUCAAGACCAACUUUUGCUAAAAUUUCAUAGAAUGUGUUGGCCAAUUGCAUAAAAAUUUGUAUCAUAAGAAAUUUUCAGUAGCAGAGAUGGACAUACUAACAGAGGUCAGGAGUUUAAGCUGCCUCCAUAGUUCUUUUAAUAUGUAAAAAAGCUAUAUAUAUCUUGUCUUAUGUUUUCCAUAAAGAUGAGGGCACAACUGCUCUGUAUGUAACAACAAAAGAAAUGAUAUCUGUUAAUAUCACUAUGGUAAUAAUACU